CCACGCAGCCGUCGACGACGAGUGACUGAAUUCUCCGAUUAUUAUCUCAUUUGCCGCCACGACCAGCGGCACGCGUCGAAUACCUCGUGCCAUAUUCUUCGACGACGACGACAGAGGGAUAUCCAUAGAUCGUCAUCCCGGUGCGGUGGAUCAUCGUAUCGUAAUCGUUUACGAAGCGGCGCCAACUUUGAGGAUCCCGCCGUUCGCCACGCGUACAGCUAGAUAGCCAAAAUGACGACGACCACGGGCGACCCAUCAACCCUAAAGACUCCGGCUUCCCUGUCGGGUGGAGAUCUCGUUUCUCGUCUUCUGGCGGCCACUCCUCCGUAUCUAUACAACGUGCCACUGACGCCUCAUAGCUUCUUCUUCAGCGAGAUGCUACGUUCUUUCGUACAAGCCAAGGCGGAAGCAUCGUCGACUGGUGGCGGUGGCGGUGGCGGCGGCGGCCAAAAAACGGCAAAUGCGCCGCGACGCCGCAAGCGAUCUUGGCGAGACGCUCGGGAUAGACCGCUCGAACUCACGACGAAGGAACGGUCGCACCAUCAUCAUCAUCAUCAUCAUUAUCACCAGCAUGCGGACAAAUACUAUCACUCGGCAGCGCAGCAGCAAUCUCCUCAAGUACCGCCGGAGACUCGUUUGGAGAACGAUGGCAAGCGACCCGACGCCUAUCUCGACACGAUGGAGAACAAAGCCGGCGGGGCAUUCGAGCAGAAACCUAACUUUGGAGGCGAUAUCCUUAAGCCCAUCGACGAGAAUAAGACCGAGUUUUCGCGACAACACAGUAGUAAGAGCUUCUUCGACGAACGACCGCGACACUUCGAGCAGGCUCAACCGCCGGAGAACGUUUUUCCCGGCGGAGAAACGCGGAAGGUCAAACCGGAGGAUUCGCAGCAGUUGGAUCGCAGCAGCGCGAGCGGUAGGAGUUGUAAUUUCGACAGCGCGAGCGGUAGGAGUUACGAGGAUCGGUUGAAAAGUAGCAUCGUGCCCAGUCAGGAGGUGUCCCCUCUGCAACUGUCAGAUCAGAAGAAGUUGGACUUUUCACGGGCAGGCCCUUUCCUGCCCGGAGUAUCGGGGGGCAGAGGAUGCGAGAGCGUACUUCAGGGCGUGAAAGGCUUCGCUCUGCCCAACGGCAUGUCCGGUCCGGAAUUUCUACCCGGACCCCUGUGGUACCCACCGUAUCCGAUGCCGCAGUCCUACCCCGGCAUCGAUCCUCUACACUUCUUCAUAGACUUACGCGUCUCCGGCCAUAUUUGGGAUCGCAAGCACGCGAACGAACGGCAGCUAUCUUUCAAGAGCAAACAUUGCUCGGCCUUCAGCGUGCCGCAAUCGAAGGAGUGCGGGAAUCGCCCGUUGAAUCUUACCCGCGACGAGGCCACGACGUCGAAGAAUCCGGACGCGGAGAACACGCAGGGUACGAAUUAUAUCUUGAAGCAUCUGAUGAAAACCUACCAGGACAUACAGCAGAUGAAAACCUCCAGGACGGACGCGUCGAUAGAGAACGAGGACCAUUCGAAGGAAACACAGCAAACUGGCGAGGACACUGCGAAGGUAGAGGACACUGGCAGUACGGUUACAAAUCCCGAAGAGGAGAGAAAGGAUUUACGGGCUCUGAUUGGUCUCGAAUUAGUGGUGGACUAUGUGAAAGAGCCGAAGGAUGACUCAUCGACCGAGCAAACGUCACAAGUAACGGAAUAACUUAUCCUAACGAACGCGAUU